CAGCGCUGAUAGCUCGCCGCCGACUACAGGAGUUAUCAUAGCUUCCACUAUCCUAUGCCACAAUCGGACCGGAAUCAUGUUUCUAUCGAGAUACUUUGGGAGAACUCUCCUUGCUGCAGCCAAGUCAGAUACCUCAGCUGCUGUGGCAGCUGCUACUUCGUCGUUAGGAGGACUCGUUACUGUGACCCAUUAUCUUCGCCGAUCAUAUCCAUGAGUUUGGUCAGACUAAGACAUCUCUCUUCAGCUUUACAAUCAACUUUGUAUCACAAACUUAACCUCAGGACGACUAUAAAUCUCUCCAUCUUAGAGACCCAUUCUACUAAAUGCCAAAAUUUGAGGCAGUUCAAAAAAAUUCUCUCACAGAUGAUCCUAACUGGCUUCAUCAAAGAUACAUUUGCAGCAAGCAGGCUUCUCAAGUUCUCGACUGAUUUUCCCUUUGUUCAUAUUGAUUACUCCUUCCACAUCUUCAACCUCAUUGAGAACUCAAAUGGGUUCAUUUGGAACACCAUGAUGAGAGCCUAUGUUCAGAGAAACUGCCCUCAAAAGGCUGUUUACUUGUUCAAGUGUAUGUUGGAGGAAAAUGUGGGUCCUGAUAACUACACAUACCCGAUUCUAAUUCACGCCUGUGCCAUCCGGUUAUCCGAAAAUGAAGGGAAACAGAUUCAUAGUCAUGUUUUCAAGGUUGGUUUUGAUUCGGAUGUUUAUGUUCAUAACACCUUGAUCAAUAUGUACGCUGUUUGUCAGAACAUGAUUGAUGCACGUAAGCUGUUUGAUGAAAGUCCUUGCUUGGAUUCAGUUACGUGGAAUUCGAUUCUAGGCGGGUACGUUCAAAACAGGGAUGUUGAGGAGGCUAAGUAUAUCUAUGAUCGGAUGCCAGAAAGGAAUAUAAUUGCUUCAAAUUCGAUGAUUGUAUUGUUUGGUAAGGAGGGUCAGGUAACCGAGGCUUGUCGUUUGUUUGAUGAAAUGCCGGAGAAGGACAUGGUUUCGUGGAGCGCGUUGAUUUCAUGUUAUGAGCAGAAUGAGAUGUAUGAAGAGGCUUUGGCUAUAUUUGUGAAAAUGAUUUCUAAGGGAGUCAAGGUGGAUGAAGUUGUGGUAAUAACUGCUCUUUCUGCAUGUGCACAUUUGUUGGUCGUCCUGAUGGGGAAAUUGAUACAUAGCUUGGUCCUCAAAAUAGGACUUGAAACUUAUCUUAACCUUCAGAAUGCUUUGAUUCACAUGUACUCAACUUAUGGGGAUAUAAUGGCUGCCAAGAAUUUGUUCCGUUCUGCCCACCAUUUGAACCAGAUAACUUGGAACUCUAUGCUAUCUGGGUACUUGAGAUGUGGUUCAGUUGAAGACGCCAAGGCAUUUUUUGAUUUUAUGCCCCAAAAAGAUGUUGUAUCAUGGAGUGCAAUGAUAUCAGGUUAUGCUCAACAUGACCAAUUCGCCGAGACUCUGGUGUUGUUUCAGGAAAUGCAGAGUUUUGAAGUUAGGCCCGAUGAGACCACGUUGGUCAGUGUGAUAUCGGCUUGCACCCAUUUGGCUGCCCUUGACGUAGGCAAAUGGAUUCAUGCUUAUAUAAGGAAAAAUGAUCUGCAGGUUAAUGCCAUUUUGGGCACUACCCUUAUUGACAUGUACAUGAAAUGUGGUUGUGUGGAAAAUGCAUUGGGAGUUUUUCAUGGAAUGGAAGAGAAGGGAAUUUCCACUUGGAAUGCUCUCAUUCUUGGGUUGGCAAUGAAUGGGCUAGUAGAGAAGUCACUGGACAUAUUUUCAGAAAUGAAAGCAUGCGGCGUAACACCAAAUGAGAUCACUUUUGUGGCAGUUCUUGGGGCGUGUCGACACAUGGGCUUAGUGGACGAGGGUCGUCGCCACUUCAACUCCAUGAUUCGAGAACACCAGAUAGUACCGAAUGUUAAGCAUUACGGGUGCAUGGUUGAUCUUUUAGGACGUGCAGGCAUGCUGAAAGAGGCUGAGGAACUCAUUGAGAGUAUGCCUAUGGUACCGGAUGUUGCAACUUGGGGUGCCUUACUCGGGGCUUGUAAGAAGCAUGGCAACCAUGACAUGGGGGAAAGGAUUGGAAGAAGGCUCAUUCAUCUGCAGCCUGACCAUGAUGGUUUCCAUGUGUUAUUGUCCAACAUUUGUGCUUUACGAGGUAACUGGGAUGAUGUUCUUGAGAUUAGGGGAACAAUGGUGCAACGUGGUGUGGUGAAGACUCCAGGUUGUAGCAUGAUUGAGGCAAAUGGAAUAGUCCACGAGUUCCUUGCAGGAGACAAGACACACCCUCUGAUAAACGAGAUUGAGGCGAAACUGGAUGAAAUUGCGAUCAAAUUGAAGAUGGAAGGUUAUGCACCGGACACAAAUGAGGUUCCCCUUGACAUUGACAAAGAAGAGAAGGAAACUGCUCUUCUGAAGCAUAGUGAAAAGCUUGCAAUUGCCUUUGGGCUUAUAAGUACAAGUCCUCCAACGCCAAUAAGGAUAAUGAAGAAUCUGAGAAUAUGUAACGACUGUCACAACGCAGCAAAGUUCAUCUCAAAAGCUUAUGAUCGAGUGAUUGUGGUGAGGGAUCGGCAUCGCUUUCAUCACUUUGACCAGGGAUCUUGUUCUUGCCUAGAUUAUUGGUAGCAGAUUAGCACACAUAACUCAAAAAUUAGCCAUCUCUUUCUGUCAAAAUAUUGAAUUGUAAAUGCUUAGAAAAUUUAAUUUAAAGAGUUACUUUUUUACUCUUCAAAGAUUCAAUAAGAAAUCUUCUGAACAAGGUUCAAUACCUUUCUCAUACCAACUUCAGUUACUACACUAACAGACCAAUGGAACUCAACUCAGAACUACUCGAGUAUUAUGGUGGAAUAGUUUCACAAAUGUGAUCUUACAGCCCAAACACUGUAUACUGCAUCAGCUCUUUUCCCUGUCUGAGAAAAGAUGAUUUUGUGUUAACCACAAAACAAAGUCGUAUCCUUUUCUGAAGCGAUCGAUACAAAU